AUGAGUAACCCAGUUAUUACUGGCCAUAGAGGAUACAAAGCCAAAUACGUUGAGAACACAUUAGUGGGGUUCACUCAUUGCUACGAAGAUGGAGCCACCAACAUUGAAACAGAUACCUGGGUUACUAAAGAUGGAAUAGUGGUAAUAAGUCAUGAUGUUAAUACCAAACGAAUUUUUUGUCAUCGUGAUGGCAGUGAAGCGGAUUAUAAUAUUUUGAAGACCAAUUAUGAAGACCUUAAAGACCUUGUGACCAUUAAGUCUGGUGAAAAAUUAUUGAAGUUUACAGAUAUGUUGAAUUGGUAUAUUGAAUAUUGCAAAGAAGAAGACGCCGGUGAACAAUUCUCAAAGUAUAUUCAAUUGGAUAUUAAGCGAUUCAAUCCUCCCAAGAUCAUGAGACUCUUAUUUGAAGAUCUACUCUCUGUUAAAGACGAUUUGAACUUUUGGUGUCAAAGAAUUCAGUUUGGGGUUUGGGAUAUCAAUUUCCUUAAAUAUAUGAAUCAAACUCAAUGGUUCCAAGAUACUUUUGAUUCUGAUAAGAAUAUUAUGAAGCCAGAAAUCUUUCAUAUAAGUUUCAGUUGUCAAGAUUCCACUAGAUAUUUGGAGUAUAAUCAGUUUCUUGACCUAACUUCACCAAAGGAUAAAUAUACGUUCAAGGUCAGAGGAAUUCUGAUGAUAUAUGUUGCUACAUGGUCCCGAGAUUUCCUAGUCAACUUUGUCCCGUUGCUAAAGACUAAUGAUUUAUGUUUAUAUUCAUGGACCAUCAAUAACACUAUCCAGUACGAUUACUUGAACAAGGUUGGGAAGACAGCGGGGUUAAGACAAUACGGUAUUAUAACAGAUGACCCAGGGAAAAUGGUUAAGUAUAAGAAUUCUAAACUAGAAGAAAAGACAUCAUCUACUGUCACUGAUAUUCAAUUGACUUGGUCUCAAGUUGCUGCUAAUUACAUGUUUCUGAUGUUUACUAAAGCAGCAGGAGCUAAACGAGUUACGGAAGACGAAUUGGAUUUUGAAGCUCCUGUUGAUGGCGAGGCAACAAGAGUAGUCAACAUUAGCCCAUUUUUUGCUUAUAUUUUUUUUACUUUACAGAAGUUCGGUAUAUUUUAG